GCCUGCCCGGCCGGCCCCGGGCUCGGAUCGCGCGGUCCCCGCCGCCGCCACCGCCGCCGCCCCGCUCUCGCCCCGCUCUUGACGCAGUGAGCGCCGCAGCCCGGCGCUCGCCGGCUCCGCUCAGCUCCCCGUCGCAGGCCGAGUCCAGCCCGGAGGGCUCCGGGAGGGGCGGGCCGCGCGGGAGGGGGGGGAGGUCUGUCUGGAGCCAGCGAGCCCGGAGGAGGAAGAGGAGGAGGAAGGAGGGGAAGACACCGCCGCCGCCGCCGCCGCCGCGCUCCGGGGACCUGGGCACGCGCGCGCCGUUCGCCGGCGACCGAGCCUCCAGCCCCGGGCCCGCACCCCGGCCCAGCCGGGACCUCCUCGGAGCUGCGGGCGCCCCCGGGCGCGAGGGGAAAGACGCCGUGGGCGCUGCAGGACGGCGGCGGACGACGAGGGGCGCCCCUCCCUGCUCCCGGGGGGCGUGGCCAUGCGGCGCCCCUGAGCGCGCGGGCUCCUCUGCUCCCGGCCCCCUCCCCCGGUGCCCCCGAUGGCCGGGCGCGGGUGGGCGGCGCUGUGGGCGUGCGUGGCGGCGGCCGCCCUGCUGCACGGGGGCGGGCUGGCCGGCGCCGACUGCUGGCUGAUCGAGGGUGACAAGGGCUUCGUGUGGCUGGCCAUCUGCAGCCAGAACCAGCCUCCGUACGAGGCCAUCCCACAGCACAUCAACAGCACCAUCGUGGACCUGCGGCUGAACGAGAACCGCAUCCGCAGCGUGCAGUACGCCGCGCUCAGCCGCUUCGGCAACCUCACGUACCUCAACCUCACCAAGAACGAGAUCGGCUACAUCGAGGACGGCGCCUUCGCCGGCCAGUUCAACCUGCAGGUGCUGCAGCUGGGCUACAACCGGCUGCGCAACCUCACCGAGGGCACGCUGCGCGGGCUGGGCAAGCUGGAGUACCUGUACCUGCAGGCCAACCUCAUCGAGGUGGUCACGGCCAGCGCCUUCUGGGAGUGCCCCAACGUGGUCAACGUGGACCUGUCCAUGAACCGCAUCCAGCAGCUCAGCGGGGCCACCUUCGCCGGCCUGGCGCGGCUCUCGGUGUGCGAGCUCUACAGCAACCCGUUCUUUUGCUCCUGCCAGCUGCUCGCCUUCCUGCGCUGGCUGGCCGCCUUCAGCAACGCCACGCAGGCCCACGACCGCAUGCAGUGCGAGUCGCCGCCCGUCUACUCCGGCUACUUCCUCCUGGGCCAGGGCCACCAGGGCCACCGCAGCAUCUUGACCAAGCUGCAGUCCGUGUGCACCGAGGGCGCCCACGCGGCCCAGCCCGCGGGCCCCCCCCGCCCCGCCGCCGCCGCCGCCGCCAGCGCUGGCCGCUCGCCGCCGCCGCCGCCGCCGCCCCCGGAGCCCAGCGAGGCGCCCUGCCCCGACGGCGAGUGCUUCUCCGGCGACGGCACCACGCCGCUGGUGGCCCUGCCCACGCUGCCCACGCAGGCGGAGGCCCGGCCGCUGCUCAGGGUGAAGCAGCUCACGGCCAACUCGGCCACGAUCCUGGUGCAGCUGCCCAGCCCCUUCCACCGCAUGUACACGCUGGAGCUAUUUAACAACAGCAAGGCGUCCACCGUGUCCCGGCUGACCAAGGCGCACCAGGAGAUCCACCUGGGCAACCUGUACGCGCUCACCAACUACACCUACUGCGUGGUGUCCACCAGCUCCGGCCUGCACCACAACCACACCUGCCUCACCAUCUGCCUGCCCAAGCCGCCCGGCGCGCCGGGGCCCGCGCCCAGCCCCUCCACGGCCACCCACUACAUCAUGACCAUCCUGGGCUGCCUGUUCGGGAUGGUGCUGCUGCUGGGCGCCGUGUACUGCUGCCUGCGCCGGCGCCGGCGCCCCGAGGAGCAGCACAAGGCGGCGGCGGCGGCGGCCGCGGCGGGCAGCCUGAAGAAGAGUAUCAUUGAGCUCAAGUACGGGCCCGAGCGGGAGGCGCCCGGCCUGGCCCCGCUGCCGCAGGGCGCGCUGCUGGGCGCCGAGGCGGUGCCGCGCAUCCCCUACCUGCCGGCCGCCGCCGGCGACGUGGAGCCCUACAAGCUGGCGGACAGCGGCGAGCCGCCCAAGGCCAGCAAGGGCAGCUACAUGGAGGUGCGCACGGCGGAGGCGCCCGAGCGCAGGGACUGCGAGCAGGGCCGGCCGGGCCCCGACAGCCAGGGCUCCGUGGCCGAGAUCUCCACCAUCGCCAAGGAGGUGGACAAGGUCAACCAGAUCAUCAACAACUGCAUCGACGCGCUCAAGUCCGAGUCCACCGCGUUCCAGGCCAAGCCCGGGGCCGCCGCCGCCGCCGCCGCCGAGCCGCAGCUGCUGCUGCUGUCCGAGCCGCUGGCCGCCAAGCACACCUUCCUGGCGCCCGCCUACAAGGACGCCUUCGGCCACGGCGCGCAGCGCAGCCCCCGCGCCUUCCGGGCCGACGCGGCCUCCGAGGGCAAGUACCUCGAGAAGAGCUCCCCGGCGGCGGCGGCCGUCCUCACCGUGCCGCCCGCCGCCGACAAGGGCCGGCCGUGCGCCGAGCACCGGCACUCAUACCCGGGCCCGCACGCCGCCGAGCCGCCCGCGCCCGUGCCGCCGCACGAGGGCCUGGGCGCGCGCAAGCCGUCCAUCCUGGAGCCGCUGACGCGCGCGCGGCCCCGCGACCUGGCCUACGCGCAGCUGUCGCCGCAGUACCACGCCCUGAGCUACUCGUCCAGCCCCGAGUUCGCCUGCGCCGCGCCGCACAGCAUCUGGGAGCGGCUGAGACUGGGCCGGCGCCGCCGCAGGGACCACGAGGAGUUCCUGGCGGCCGGGCACGCGCUGCGCAAGAAGGUGCAGUUCGCCAAGGACGAGGACCUGCACGACAUCCUGGACUACUGGAAGGGGGUCUCGGCGCAGCACAAGUCGUGAGGGCGCGGGGGCAGUGCGCGCGCGGCGGGGGGGGGCGCGGCCAGGCCGGAGCGCGCCCCCACUCACAGUGGGCACAGGGGCGCGGCCAGGCCGGGAGCGCGCGCCCCCACACCUGGGCACGUGCGUGCACACGUUGGGCCCAGAGCGGGCACCUCGGUGCGACCACGCGCGCACGCACACACACGUGCAGGGCCGCAUGUCAGGUGCAGGGGGCAGGUCCAGGCCUGGAGCACACGUCCACAUACGCGGGCACAAGUGUGCACACGCCGGGCGCAGGGAGUGUGGCCACGGCCCGGAGCAGGCACCUGGGUGCGACCAGGCACACACACACACACACACACGUGCAGGGCUGCAUGUCAGGUGCAGGGGGCGUGUCCAGGCCUGGAGCGUGCGCCCCCACACCUGGGCACGUGCGUGCAUACGUUGGGCAGCAGAGUGUGGCCACGGCCCAGAGCGGGCACCUCAGUGCGACCACGCGUGCGCGCACACACAUGUGCAGGGCCGCAUGUCAGGUGCAGGGGUCGUGUCCAGGCUGGGAGCGUGCGCCCCCCCAGAGCAGGCACAGCAGGGGGUGUGGCCACAGCCCAGAGUGGGCCCUCGGUGGGAUCACGCCCCCCCACGCCCCUAUGCGGCAUGUCAGGUGCAGGGGGCGUGGCCAGGCCUGGAACAUGCUCCCACACACAUGGGCAUGUCGGGCGCAGGGGGCGUGGCACAGCCAGGAGCAGGCACCUCGGUGCAACCAUGCACACACACACACACACACACACGUGCAGGGCUGCAUGUCAGGUACAGGGGUGGUGUCCAGGCCGGGAGUGUGCACCCCCCCCCAGUGGGCACACAGGGGGUGUGGCCACAGCCCAGAGUGGGCAUCUCCGUGUGACCACGCCCCCCACGCCCCUAUGCGGCAUGUCAGGUGCAGAGGGCGUGGCCAGGCCGGGAGCAGGCACCUGGGGUGACCACGCCCAUACACACACUUGCAGGGCCUCAUUCCAGGUGCGGGGGUGUGGCCAGGCCAGGACGCGCACCCACACAUGCUAGCACAUACACGCACGCGCUGGACGCAGGGGUCGUGGCCGCGGCCUUGCGUAGGCGCCUAGGUGCAACCGUGCACACACACACACGUGCAGGACUGCAUGCCAAAUGCAGGGGGUGUGGCCAUGGCCAUGCGUGUGCUUGCACAUGCAGACACAUGCACACACAUGCGGGACUCAGGGGGCGUGGUCACAGCUUUGUGUAGGCGCUUCUAUGGCUGUGCACACCCACACGCGCACGCCAGAGCAGGGGGCGUGGCCACGGCCUAGAGCGUGCCCAUGCACGCAGACACCCGUAGGCACAUGUGGGAUGCAGGGGGUGUGGCCAUGGCUGCGAGCCAACACCUGGUGUCCCCCACGUGCACACACGUACACACAUGUGCACACAUGUGCACACACACGCACACACACACACGCCAGGGACUUCGGAAAACUGUGUCUUAGGGAUGGGGGCGGGGGGAUCUUUUCCAGUCUCUUCCUCUCAGUUCUUCUCUGCCUUUGUUCUUUUCCUCUCUUUUCCCUUUUUUAAAAAUAAGAUUCAAAUUCUUAAAAAAAAAAAAAAGACAAAACACGGGUCGUGGGGGCGUGGCCAGCCCGGUCCUCUCCCGCUGGCCCCGUCCGUGGCCUUCUGUGGACUCUGCUGUGCCCACCCCUCCUGUGUCACCCCGGCUGGGGGGCGAGCCCGGCCGGAGGCCCUGGGAGCCCCCACCCUGGCGGCCGGAGGCCCUGGGAGCCCCCACCCUGGAGGCCGGAGGUCCUGGGAGCCCCCACCCUGGCGGCCGGAGGUCCUGGGAGCCCCCACCCUGGAGGCCGGAGGCCCUGGGAGCCCCCACCCUGGAGGCUGGGAGUCCCGCGCGACCCCAGCGCCGCCCCGCGCGGGCGUUCUGUGUACAGAGAAUGACUUCUAUAUUUGCUGUGAACGGAGAAACACGGUGUCUACUAAAGUCCUCAACUCCAA